CGCAGACCGCUUGGGUGUGCCUUGUCCAUCACAACUGGUGCAUCCUCGUACGGACAACAUCGGGCGUACCUUCAACCACGCGCCAAGAUAGAUGGACCUUCAUCUCAUGAUCUCCGUGAUUCUUUUGAGAGACCGUCGGUCCGCCCGAACCGUGCCCUGCACGUUGCAGAGAUGCCUGUUCUCUUGCCGGUGGACUUGGACCAGGAGAUCACAAGACUGGUUUUUCACCUCGCGAAGCCCAUCGGCUGUUGCACGACAUGUGUCGAAGUGGAACGGGCAUCUGCAUGCCCGCCGAAGGUAUAAAGGCGGUGGAGUAUCCCCGUGACUCGCUCACUUCCUGACCCUCUAACGGCCCCGUGCAACGAGCACGACUACAAAGAUGGCACCGUUAUGUGGAAGACGGUUGUACUAUACCAUCAAUCUUGUGGCUGGUCUGGCUAUCUUCUUCUUCGGUUAUGACCAGGGCGUCAUGGGCGGCGUGAACACCUCCCCAGAUUAUGUUACGACUAUGGGACUUGGCUACUCCACGUAUGCUGGCCCUUCUGAAGGAUAUGUUGCGACCAUCACGGAGCCUACCAAGCAGGGAGGCAUUGUCAGCAUAUACUACCUAGGAACUCUUAUUGGAUCGCUCAUGGGAGGAAUCGUCGGUGACAGGAUCGGACGCAAACGCAGUAUGAUGCUGGCCGCCGCUUGGGUUUGCAUUGGAGCUGCACUCCAGUGCUCUGCACAGAAUGCUGCUUGGAUGCUCUGCGCUCGUGUUAUCAAUGGCAUCGGUACUGGCUGUCUGAACGCUGUCGUUCCAGUCUGGUCCGCCGAAGUUGCCACGCACACUUCAAGAGGAGCGUUCAUCGCUAGCGAGUUCACAUUGAAUAUCUUCGGAGUCGUCGUUGCGUACUGGAUGGAGUUUGGCCUCGGAUUCGUCGGGGACGGUAAUACGCAGAUUCGCUGGAGGUUCCCUAUUGCUUUCCAGAUUCUGCCAGUCUUCGCCUUCUUAGCUUGUCUUUCGACCAUGCCAGAGUCGCCCCGAUGGCUGCUCAAGAUGGGCCGUACCGACGAAGCUCGCACGAUUCUUAGUCGCCUGCGCAGUGAGACAGGCGACCUAGAAGAUCCUACUGCCGUCGCAGAGUUUGAUGACAUCGUCGCGGCUAUCGCGCUUGAGAAAAAGCACUCGAAGCGCAACACGUAUGUCUCUAUGUUCUUUGGCCUCCACGAUGACGGCAACCUGCACAUCGCGCGGCGGGUACAGCUCUCGAUCUGGUUGCAGAUUGUCCAGGAGUGGGUCGGCAUCGCCGCAAUCACAGUCUACGCGCCCACUAUCUUCGCUGAGGCAGGGUACUCGGCUCGUAAAUCGCAGUGGAUGAGUGGUCUUAACGACGUACGUCUCCGCGACAUGGCCUCGUUUACGCUCCUGCUGAUGUUAUACUGGCAGAUUACCUACAUGAUCAGCACCCUCCUGGCCGUCGUCACCAUCGACCGUUGGGGCCGCCGGAUCGGCUUGUACUGGGGCGCCAUUGGCCAAGGCAUUUCGCUCAUCCUUGCCGGCGCGUUCGCGCGGUUGCUGAAGGAUCACCCUGAGAAGGCAUCGCAGUAUGGCGGCGCGGCAGCAUUCUUCAUCUUCGCAUACACUUUCAUCUUCGGCGCGACGUGGCUCACGAUUCCCUGGGUGUACCCGACUGAGACGUUCCCGCUCGAGGUUCGCGCCAAGGGCAACGCGUUCGGUGUGUUUGGCUGGUCCAUCGGCAAUGGGUGGCUCACGCUCCUGAACCCGGUCAUGUUCUCGCGCAUCGGCGAGAACACGCUCCAUAUCUUUGGCGCGAUCAAUUUCUUGAGCAUACCGAUGGUCUGGGCGCUGUACCCCGAGACAGCGAACAGAACGCUCGAGGAGAUGGACCUGCUCUUCGCAAGCAAGAGUCCAUGGGUAUGGGACGAGGAGGAACACUUCGUGCGCCUCAAGCAUGAGCGCGCUGAGCUCGAGCACGUCGGCAACUUGAAGCAUCGCACGCCGCACAAGGAGGACGCGCACGAAGCCGACGAGAAGAGCGAUUUGUAGAUGGGAAACAAGUGAAGCCGUCUGUUUCAUCUAGAGCUUGCUCUUACCUAGAUGGUAUAUAAUAUUCAUAAUUUUGAGCCCUGAAGGCCUGAUCGUC